AUGAUACACACUUCCCUGGAAGAGUCUCUGCCUGUGCUGACUCUACUUCGAGAGUCUGCCAGGUGCACCCAGACUGUUAUGGAAGAACAUGUUAUGGAAGAACAUCUUAAGGAAGAACAUCUUAUGGAAGAACAUCUUGAAGAAAAACAUCUUAAAGAAGAACAUCUUAAGGAAGAACCUGUUAUGGAAGAACAUCUUAAGGAAGAAACUGUUAUGGAAGAACAUAUUAAGGAAAAACAUUUUAAGGAAGAACAUUUUAAGGAAGAACACAACAUGAGGUCAAAGAACAUCUACUCGAAAAAACAAGAGGUCGAAAAACAUCUGAUGGAAGAACAAAACGUCAAAGAUCAUAUGAUGGAAGAACAAAAGGACGAAGGACAUGUGAUGAAAGAACAAAAGGUCAAAGAGCCUCUGAUGGAAGAACAAGAGGUCAUAGAGUAUCUUGAUAAAGAACAAGAGGUCAAAGAACAUCUGAUGGAGGAGCAGGAGAUCGAAGAGCAUUUGAUGGAAGAGGCUGUGCUGGAAGAGCCUGUGAAGGAACAGCCUGUGCGGGACAAGAGCAUGGCGGCCCAGCCUGCAGUGGAAGAGCCUGACGACAGCGACUCUGAUUUCCUCGACGACGAUGUCGCUGACGACUCAGGCUCCAAGCAGUCGUCUUGGGAAGAGUGUCCGCGGCUUGCAUGUCAGGGCAAGGCCCCCUCCUUUAGGGCAAGGCCAGAGAACAACAGCAUGAGCUUGGCUACCGCCCCGCCCUCCGCCGCGCCCCUCCACCACACACGAGCUGCUGCUGUGGGCCGCAAGGCGCCGCCCGCACCUUCCAUGCAGCUCCGCUGUCGUCGACCCUCCUCCCGCUACCUGGAGCCCAAGGCUGUCAAGACCUGGGCUCAGGAAGUGGAUGAGGCGGAGGGAGAAAGGCCUGGACGUGUUCGCCCCGCAGACAAACUGCCUUCCCUACACGCGCGGGCGCGCCCUGGGAGCGACGGGGAUCCCUUGGUGACUAAAGCUACUGCUGCCCCGGCGACUUGUGGCGGGACGAGCGGCUACGAGGCGGCGAAGGGCCCGCCGCAAGGUGGCACCCCCGCCAACAAUGGAGUGAGGGCCGAGGGGUGCGGCACUGUGACAUCAGUGCCUGGAGAGACGUGGCUGACGCUCUCCGCGGAGCUGAAGAAGCUCGUUGUAUCCAGACACUGA